UUUUUGUCAGAAGAAGAAACAGAAACAGAAGCAGAGAAUAAAAACAGAGCCAAAUGUGUGGGUUUCAGCCUUUCAGUCCACAGCAAAAGCUCCUCCAUUUUCACCUGCUCUCUUCACUCUGAUAAUGUCUUCUCCAUGCAUUUUGGUCCCUGACCUAAAAACAUUUCCUUGUGUUCUCCCAAUCAUGGAUCUCAUCUCAUGAGUGACACUUCUCCUCCUCAGGUUGGAGCUGAGUAUUGAUUUAUUUUCCUAUAUCACUGAAAAUGCAACCAAAACAUGGCUGGCACUCUAUUAUGCCUCUUCGUUUCCGAGGAAGUUCCUCUGCUUGGUUUUGCAUGUUUCCGAAUGUAAAGUCGGCUGACUGCAGCCCUGGCGAUGCUCCGGUGUACCUAAAUGUGUAUGACUUGACAAAUGCUAAUGGCUAUGUUUAUUGGGCAGGUCUUGGUAUCUUUCACACUGGGGUUGAAGUCCAAGGUGUGGAGUAUGCUUUUGGAGCUCAUGACUACCCAACGAGUGGUGUGUUCGAGGUUGAACCUCGACAGUGCCCCAGCUUCAAGUUCAGGAAAUCGAUUUUCAUGGGAACAACAUGCUUGGAUCCUGUCCAGCUGAGAGAGUUCAUGGAGCACCAAUCUGCUAGCUACAACGGUGACACCUAUCACUUGAUAUUGAAGAACUGCAACCAUUUCUGUGAGGAUAUAUGUUACAAGCUGACAGGCAACCAUAUACCAAAAUGGGUGAAUCGACUUGCAAGAAUCGGUUCAUUGUGCAACUGCAUACUCCCUGAGGCUCUUAAAGCAUCUGCAAUGCUCCACGACCCCGACAGCGAAAAGAAGAGACUGAGAAGUGCUUUGAGUUGCUUAACAUCAAUCUCAAUGCCUCACAAGGAAGUAUCAAUGUCUUCGCUCUUUUUGCACUCUCAUUAUAAAGGCUGUCUACCGCCAUGGGAGUUGAAGAGAUCUAAAAGCAGCUCAUAGAAACAACAGUGAGAAACGGAAGCUUUGAAGCACUGGCGUAACUAGAAUGGCCAAAAUCUGUAAUAGUUUCUUCUUUUUCAAUGUCAAUGAUGGAGGUUUUAUUUGAUAUGCAAACUUUGU